GUCGUCGUUGUGGUUGUCGUUGUCAUUCAGCAUCGUUCUAGUCAUCGAUCCUCGGUUUUAUUUUGAAACCAGACACCGGAUCUAGUUCCCGUGUUUUCCUCUGUGAAUGACACAUUUCCAUCUGAUUUUCUUCUGCUGACCACACACACACAGACUCUACCUGCUGCUGAUCUGCUGCAGUCGGCCGUGUCUUCAUCACUCCAGAGGAGGAGGAGGAGGAGGAGGAGGAGGCUGCUUCUCUGCACAUCAGCACCUGUGGAUGAUGAUGACUCCAGCAACGCCGCCUGUUUGAACGCAGCAUGAGCUAAUCCAGGACGGUCCUACAUCGAGCGCUGACCUGAGCUGGUUUCCCCUUUUGCAGCGGCUGAGAAUGUUCCAGUGUGUCAGUUGACUGACAGGGAGGCAGUGGUGUUCUAACCGGGGACACCGUCACAGAGAUGGCCCGUUCAGGAUCGGGGAUGCUGGCGUCCGUUGGCGGGAUGGGGUAUCCGCCCCAGAACUUAGCCAGGGUGGUGGUCUGGGAGUGGUUGAACGAACACGGUCGCUGGAGACCCUACAGUGCAGCUGUUUGUCACCACAUUGAGAAUGUUCUGAAGGGUGACGCCAGAGGGACGGUGGUUCUGGGCCAGGUGGACGCACAGCUCUCUCCGUACGUCAUCGACCUGCAGUCCAUGCACCAGUUCAGACAGGACACAGGCACCAUGAGGCCAGUGCAGAGGAACUUCUACGAGCCGUCGUCUGCCCCUGGUAAAGGCGUGGUGUGGGAGUGGGAGAAUGACAGCGGUCUGUGGACGCCUUACGACAUGGAAAUCUGCGUCAGCAUCCAGAACGCCUAUGAGAAGCAGCACCCCUGGUUGGACCUCACCUCUCUGGGCUUCUGCUACCUCAUCGACUUCAACAGCAUGUCUCAGACCAACAAGCAGAGCCAGCGUAAGCGACGCCUGCGCAGACGCAUGGAUCUGGCCUACCCGCUCAUCAUGGGUUCCAUCCCCAAGUCCCAGUCCUGGCCCGUCGGAGCCAGUUCUGGUCAGCCCUGCUCCUGCCAGCAGUGCAUUCUUGUAAACAGUACUAGAGCGGCCUCUAAUGCUAUCCUAGCAUCUCAGCGUCGUAAACUCUACGGUGGAGCCGCAGGAACCCUCAAAGUAGUGCGUCAAAGCAGCACCUUUGGUGGAACCAGCCUGUGGUCUCCAACAGCCGUGGCCUCCAGUGCCAACAAUAACAACAUCGGUGUGGGGGGGGGGCAAGCCAAAGCUGAACAGGUGCAGCUGCCACUUUCCUCUGCCAACUUUUCCCGUUCCUCUGUGACACCAUCGCUGUCAUCCACCCAUGGUCACCAUGUUAUUACCAUCAACGGACAGAACAACCUGAACCGGCCCGGCACGCAGCGCACGUCCAUGGGUUCGACCAGAGGAGCUGUUCCACCAGGUGUUCCUGCCCUCCCAGUGAAGAACCUGACCAGUUCUGGACCGGUCCACCCGGCCCUAGCAGGUAUGACAGGGAUCCUGAUGUGCGCUGCAGGUCUACCCGUCUGCUUGACUCGGGCGCCCAAACCCAUUCUCCACCCACCGGUCAUCAACAAGAGUGACCUGAAGCCUGUCCAAGGGAUCAACGGCAUGAGGCGCAAAACCAAGAAGAAGCACCUGAGGAGAGGGAAAAACCCAGAGGAUGUGGUUCGGAGAUUCACAGAGAAGAUUAAAGUGGUUCCAGAUGAAGAUUGUACCAUUUGCAUGGAGAGACUGGUGAUGUCAUCAGGCUACGAAGGCGUCCUGCAGUACAAAGGCAUCAAGCCAGAGCUGGUCGGAAAACUUGGCAAGUGUGGCCACAUGUACCAUCUGCUGUGCCUGGUGGCCAUGUACAACAACGGCAACAAGCAGGAUGGCAGUCUGCAGUGCCCAACCUGCAAAACCAUAUAUGGGGAAAAAACAGGCACGCAGCCUCCUGGGAAGAUGGAGUACCACGUCAUCCCUCACUGCCUGCCCGGCUACAACGACUCCAAAACUAUUCGGAUCGUCUACGACAUUCCUGCCGGAAUCCAGACCAACGAACAUCCCAACCCCGGGAAGAAGUUCAGUGCGAGAGGGUUCCCUCGACACUGCUACCUCCCCGACAAUGACAAAGGCAGGAAGGUCCUGAAGCUGUUGAUCACGGCCUGGGAUCGACGUCUCAUCUUCACCAUCGGAACGUCCAGCACCACAGGAGAGUCGGACACAGUUGUCUGGAAUGAGAUCCACCACAAAACAGAAUUUGGCUCCAACCUGACGGGCCACGGCUACCCCGACCCCAACUAUCUGAACAACGUUCUGACGGAGCUGUCGGCCCAGGGCAUCGGUGAAGACAACCUGAAGGACUGAAGUCCAGCUGCUACAGAAACCCAAGUCCUGAAGUCUGGAGAACAGGCAGAUGAACGGUGGUAAAACCCACAACAAACAAAAAAACAACCGACGUUCAGAGGGAGUGGCCGGGGCAGAGGAAGACACUGGGGCUGUGAUCAGAGUAGCCCAGGUUACUGUGCUAGUUACUGACCCGCACCAGCAGCAUGUUGUCUUCACAGAGUCUUUGGUGACAUUUGAGCUCAAACCUAAGCUGGACGUUAAUGGAGCAGGGCUACGGCUAAUGCUAACCUUCAGAGAAAGAUAAACAAUAACAAAUGUACAGAGAGUUGAUCUAAAAAAAAAGAUCAUCUGUAAUCUUUUUGUCAUAGUCUGACAGCCAAUGGGAUUUCAGCAGUGUUGAACAGUUAACAAUACAACACAUAAUGCAGAACCACUAUCCUAAUGGCGCCUCCUGUGGCAGCCUGUGUCUUGGGCCAAAUAACAAAUUCAAUUAUUAUUAUAUAACAUAAGUAGAAAAACAACAACAAAAAAAAAACAAACAGUUUUUUCCCCAGUACUGAUUUGAUGCCUGGCUCUUAGUGUUUGAGGAAUCUAACCUGACACUGGACACACUCAGGUUAGGUUAGUGAAGCAUUGUCAACGGUUAGUGGAAAACUGAGGGCAGGACACAGGAAGUGAUGUCGUAUGAGGACAGGAAGUCGUUGGAUUAUCAAACUGUGGAGAGUCUGUGACACGGUCCAGUCAACAGACACUGUUGGUCAGUGGGUCAGACAUUGUUGGUCCAGCCAGUGGUCUGUUGGCUGCUGUCCAACACGCACGCACACACACACACGUGAUGUUUCAUUCAAACUGAGAUAAAGGACAGUGCAGUAUAUUUUUGUCCCCAAAUAUAUGAUGAAUUCUACUGAACAGGGUUUUCAGUUACUAAACUUGGCAGUGAUUGGUUGUCGCCGGCCAGUGAGGUCAUCAAGUUCAUUUGUUUUUAUUACAAAUGUCAAAUGUGUUCUAUAUAAUCGACAUCUUCAGGUGUGAUAUACAUUUAUAUCUAAAGGAUCAGGUUCAGGCCCUGCUGUAAAUUCAUUUUAUUUUUUACUGAAACAUAAACGUGGAUUCAUCAGAUCUGGCAACCCAUUAGACCAGUGUCAGGAACUGCUGACAAACGUAUGACAUGUUGCACUGGCUGUGGUCUGUGGGUCAGUGGCUGUGGUCUGUGGGUCAGUGGCUGUGGUCUGUGGGUCGGUGGCUGUGGUCUGUGGGUCACUGGCUGUGGUCUAUGGGUCAGUGGCUGGGGUCUGUGGGUCACUAACUGUG